AUGUCAGACUCGACCACGUCACCCUCGGCUACGACCUCGCCCAAGCUUGACCCGUUCGGCCGCCGCGAGAGCUGGCUCCGGCCUCCACAGGACGGCCACGACUCGCAGACCAAGCGCCGUCAGCGCGCUCUCGAUGCACAGAAGCAGCGCCGCGUCCACGCCAUCGAGGCCGCAAGGUCGUCCUUCCGCGAGCUCGAGUUCAUGGAGGACCUGUCCCUUGCUGGCUCGCCCGAGUCGUCCGACACCGAGCACGGCGAGGCGCUCCCGCCGUCGUCGACCGCAGGCGGCGACGCGGCGUCAAACCCGCCACCCGUCAUCGGCAAGACCAAGCGCCAGCGCUUCAAGCCCAAGUUCCAUGCGUGGGCCAAGAACCUCCUGUCGCACGCCGAAACGCUCGACCUGCGCCACGGCCUCCCCGAGGGGCUCGAGAGCGACUGGCGCGCCGUCGUCGUCCCCAAGGGCAAGCGGUGCCUGUGCGCGACGAUGCCGACCAACGCCGGCGUCAACACGAUCCUGUACUCUCGCGUCGCCGGGCGCACCCUCGGCCGGUUCCGCACGUCCCUCCCGCCCGACUGUCUCCUCGACACGGUGUGGGACGCCGAGCUCGGCGUCCUGUGGGUCCUCGACCUGUGCGCGUGGCGCUCGACCUGGUUCGUCGAGUGCGAGGCCGACAUGCGCGCCUUCUUCCUCGCGUCCAAGCUCUCCGAGCUCGACACCCAGGCCUACUUUCCGCCCUCGUCGCCGUUCGCGACCCAGUCGCAGGCGGGCACGAUCAAGACGCUCCUCGUCCUACCCGUCCCGUCCGUCGCGCCCCCUCUCCUCCCCUCGACCCUCCUCCCGCUCCUCGACCCGCUCGCCGCCGCGCCCAACCCGGCCCCGCAGGCCCUCCCCGUCGCCGUCCUCGCGCCGUACGCGACCCCCGAGGGCCACCUCGCGCUCGCGCCCGCCGAGGUGCCCAUCCCGCUCGCGCCGACCGGCGUCCUCCUGUACCUCUCGUCGGCGCAUUACGAGAGCGGGAGCACGCCGCUCGUCAGCUGGGUGCCGUGCGGCGCCGAGGUCGCCGCCGAGGACAAGGACAGGGAGGGCGUCGAGAGGAUGCGGACGCUCGUCAGCGAGUGGGCGCAGAGGGGAGGAGGGCCGGCGGCGGUUGCCGGGCUGGGCGAGGGGCAGCAGUCGCACGGCAUGGUCGACGGCUCUGGGGCCGCUUGAGGGCGUGCAGCAGUAGCGAGUCAGCUUGUCGUCGGCGUCGUCGGCGUUGUCGAGCCGUCGCUUUGAUUCUCCUUUCGCACCUUUCGCAACUUGCAUCGUCGUUCUUUCCCUACCUC